AUAUUUGAUUGAGUUUAGAAAAGGCCAAACAAGAAACCAAAACCCAUCAUUCCUUCUUCUCCUUCUUCUUCCUCAUCGCCACCGUCUGAAGCCACCGAAUCAGACUUUUUGAUUCACGACUACGAUCAAGCAUUGUCUUCUUCCGUUCGAAUUCUGAAAAUGGGUGUUCAAUAAAACUCGCAUUUCUUGAUUAAUCUCAUCAAAAUUUCCCAUCUUUCUAUUCCAAAAUAAAUUCGACUCAAGGAGGAGAAGAUAAAUUAAUGGCUGCGAUCACUGAGAUGCCCACUGAUUCAAAUGAGGUCAUCACCGACGAUGGUGGUGACGGAAUUGAGAAGAGCUUGAUGGCGGAUUCUAAACGGGAAACCGAAUCGGACCUCAAACACAAAUCCAAACCGGAAUAUGAUCAGAUGAAGAAGCUUGUGGCCAUGCUCAAGAAACUCAAUCCUCAAGCUAAGGAAUUUUUCCCUUCUUACAAGAAGAAUCUCUCUUCUGAGGGUUUUGAGGUCGCUAAGAAGCCAUCUGGUGAAGACAACAACAACAACAAAAAGGAUGGCAUUAACCGGAGGAGAAGAAACAACUUUAACCAAGGGAGGAGAGUGAGGUUACCUGGAAGAGCGUCUAAGGCUCAGAGGGAAGAUAGUAUUAGAAGAACAGUGUAUGUCUCUGACAUUGAUCAGAGUGUGACUGAGGAAGUCCUUGCUGGCUUGUUCAGCAACUGUGGACAAGUUGUUGAUUGUCGAAUCUGUGGAGAUCCACAUUCAGUUCUUCGCUUUGCAUUUGUUGAGUUUUCUGAUGACCAAGGUGCACGAGCAGCUUUAAGUCUCGGUGGAACAAUGAUUGGAUUUUACCCAGUUAGAGUCUUACCUUCAAAAACGGCUAUUCUUCCAGUGAAUCCUACAUUUCUCCCCAGGUCAGAAGAUGAAAGAGAGAUGUGCUCAAGGACCAUCUACUGCACAAAUGUCGACAAGAAUGCCACUGAAGAUGAUGUCAAAUCCUUCUUUCAGUCUGCAUGCGGUGAGGUUACUCGCAUAAGGCUUCUUGGUGACCAAAUGCAUUCUACUCGCAUAGCUUUUGUUGAAUUUGCCAUGGCAGAGAGUGCAGUUGGGGCGCUAAACUGCAGCGGAAUAGUCUUAGGAUCUCAGCCGAUAAGGGUAAGCCCUUCAAAGACACCAGUGAGAUCGCGAAUCACUCGAUCACCAUCGCCAAACUAGGAGAAAACAGAAGCCAAGAAUAGGCUUUGCUGAUGAAGGAGAGUGAUGCUACAUUGAGUUAUUUUUUUUUAAUGUUUCAGUCGUCUUGAUGAUUCUAGAGCAGUUAAUUUCCAGUUAUGUAGUGUCUGGAAAGACACAGCAACCAUGAACAUGCUUCUUGAAUUUCGAGUUCUUGUUCUGAGUUCUUAGACCUAUUGAGUCAUAUCAUCUUUCUCUUAAAGGAGUUUUUUUGGAACAAUGUCUCUAA